AUGAAAUAUUUACAUCUAUUUAAACUUGUUAUCUUCUUGCAUAGUUCAUAUAUAGUAUUCGGAGAUGAGAUUGAAAAUGAAGAAGAGCCUCAUCAUCAUAGAUAUAGCCCAUCAGAAGGGACAUUUUGGGUAUUUCUUUUAUAUGCACUUGGAUUGUCUCUUUUAGCAGCAUUUUGUUCAGGAAAUACUUAAGGAUUACUUUCAAUAGAUAUGUUGAAUUUGGAACUUAAAUAGAAGAGUGGAACAGAAGAAGAAAAGAAAGUGGUAAUAUAUAUCUAUUAAAUUAAAGGCUUAAAUACUUUUACCUGUUAUCUCUCAGCACCACUUAUUAUUAUCAACUUUAUUGGUUGGAAAUGCUUUUGCAUGUGAAACCUUGCCAAUAAUUUUACAUUAAUUGGCUCCAGAUUGGUUGGCUAUUUUGAUAUCUGCUGGUAUAAUUGUGUUGAUUGGAGAAAUUAUUCCAUCAGCAUUCACUACAGGGCCUGAUUAAUUAGUAAUAGGAAUGAAAAUGAUUCCUUAUGUAAAAGUAUUAUAAGCCAUACUAUAUAUCAUUUGCUACCCGUUGAGUCUGUUACUAGAUUAUGUUUUAGGAGUUCAUCUACAUCAAAGAUACAAGAUAAAAGACGUAAGAGGAUUAUUAAAUUUACAUGCAUAAGACAGUGGACAUGGAAAUAAUGCUUAAUUGAAUAAGGAUUAAAUGCAACUGCUAGAUUCUAUGAUGGAAAUGAGAAAAUAAACAGUAAUGAAGAAUUGUAAAGACAUAAAGAAGGUGUUUAUGAUAAAUGCUGAUGAACGAUAUAGUUCAGAUUUAAAAAAUAAAAUAAGAAUAAAAGGUUUCUCAAAGAUUCCAGUUUAUUAGGGAUCAAACAAAGAUUCAAUAAUUGGUACAAUACAAGCUAAAUCUAUUCUAAAAUUAACAGCUUAAGAUUAUGGAAGACCUUUGUCAUCUUUGUUAUAGAUGUAAGAACCAUUGAUAGUUCCAAAAGAUACUACUAUGUUAGAAAUGUUAAUGUUAUUCGAACAUGAACGUAAAUCAUUAGCUUUUAUUUGUGACAAAGGAAAGAAAGUAUAAGAAUAUAAUACAAUUAAUGUAAUUCUGUUUAACAAUGUUUAUAGAUUUCAAAUUUAAUUGUUGAAGGACAUAAUAAUAUAAUUGCAUUAAUUGGUUUGAAUGAUGUAUUUGAAGAGAUGCUCGAUUUUGAGAUUGAGGAUGAAGAUGUACAUGGAACUUUGCGUGAUUAUCCAAGAUAGAGAAAUAAGUAUACUGAAUUGAAGGUCAUAACUGAAGAGUAAGAAAAAUAAGGUAGAGGUCGCGAAUUGAAAU